GAAGUGUCUUCGCAUGUGGGAGGCUCUGGCAAGCAUCCUGGUUUCUAAACUGUCUGUCAGCUGCACGGGAAACAGCAGAUAGUUGCUAUAGAAGCAAAGAGGAGUGGAGAGCGGCGAGGAGAAGGGAGGACUGCAUGCAAACGCGUUGACGGCUUUCAGAGGGAAACAAAAGGAAGGAAAACAUCCAUUUAAAUGAGUGUGGAGACGCCUCAAUAAGGAAGAGGAGCAUCUUCAUUAUUUAGGUUUUUUAAUUUUUUUAGCAGCACUUUCCAUAUUGGUCAUCUAUGAAAGGAAGUCUGAGAAGAAACUUCAUUCAUUUGGAGCUUUAAAAAAUAUUUUCUUUUGCAUUCACAUCAAAUUUGAUGAAACUUGAGGGGCCAAGAUGAACCAAACUGCCUCCGUCUCGCAUCAGAUUGAGUGUCAGCCUGUCAAAGACAUCAAGGAGUACGUGGACGUCAGCCCCCCUCAGAGGAACUGGAAGGGAAUCGCCAUCUCCCUCCUGGUGAUCGUCGGGGUCUGCUCCCUCAUCAGCCUGUCCGUGGUCCUCCUCACACCCACCGACCUUCCGGAGAGCAGCAAGUCCAGGUUGACCGUGGCCGACCUGUACCAACCGGAGUUCAGCGUCCACGACCCCGAGGCCACGUGGGUCAGCGAGUCCGAGGUUGUGUACAGGAACAGAGACGGUCACGUGGUCAAGUUUAACCUGGAACGGAACGAGACGGAGCUCAUUCUCAACAACAAAACAUUUGUGGACUUCAAAGUGGCGAAGUACUCUCUGUCUGCUGACCUUAAGUAUGCCCUCUUCGCCUACAAUGUAAAGCCGGUGUACAGACACUCGUACACGGCGUCGUACAGCGUGUACAACAUCUACACAAGGGAAGUAUGGGAGCUCAACCCUCCAGAGGUAAAGAACGCGCUGCUUCAACAUGCAUCCUGGGGCAGACAAGGACACCAGCUGAUCUACAUCUUUGAGAACAACAUAUAUUACCAGUCAGAUGUGCGGAGCAAUUCCCUCAGAAUCACCUCUUCUGGGAUGGAGGAAGUCAUUUUCAAUGGUCUGGCCGACUGGUUGUAUGAAGAGGAGAUCCUGAACUCCCACCUGGCUCACUGGUGGUCACCUGAUAGUGAACGUCUGGCCUUCCUCACCAUCAAUGACUCUCUGGUGCCCAAAAUGGGGAUCCCGCAGUUCACCGGCAGCACCUACCCUCGAGGCCUGCAGUACCCGUACCCCAUGGCCGGUCAGACGAACCCGUCGGUCAAACUGUCCGUGGUCAACCUGUUUGGUGCGACUCACACUCUAGAGCUGCAGCCUCCAGAUCAGCUCAGACAUCGGGAUUUCUACAUCACCAUGGUGAAAUGGAUCAGCGACACUCACCUCGCCGUGCGCUGGCUCAACCGGGCCCAGAACUCCUCUCUGCUGACGGUGUGCGACACCACCGUAGGAGCCUGUCUGCAGAGACACGAGGAGUCUUCAGAGACGUGGUUAUCCAGACAGACACAGGAGCCCCUGUUCUCCACCGACCGGAGCAGGUUCUUCCUGGCGCUGCCCGUCAGACAGGGAGGUCAAGGAGAUUUCCACCACAUCACCAUGUUCACCAAACAGUUCAACAGCAAACAGGAUGAAGUCCGACACUUGACAUCAGGACACUGGGAGGUGACCAGAAUCCUGGCAUACGAUGAAAACAACAAUGUCAUAUACUUCCUGAGUACGGAGAACGCCACACAGCAAAGACACCUGUACAGUGUGUCCACGUUUGGCUUGUUCCAGCGGCAGUGCCUCACGUGUCACCUGAAGGAGGAGUGCGCCUUCCUGGACGCCGACAUCAGCCCAGACGCUCGUCACGCCAUCCUGCGCUGUCAAGGUCCUGGCGUUCCAUCUGUGCUGCUGCUAAGCUUCGACGAUGAGGAAUCUUAUUUCAUCCUGGAGAACAACUCGCCGCUGCGAGCCGCACUGCAGAGCAGAAGGUCGACCUCCACUGAGAUCCACAAGAUCUCCAACGACAACUACGUGCUCCCUCUGAAGCUCAUUUAUCCCCCCGACUUCUCCGAGUCCUACCUCUACGCUCUGCUCCUGAUUGUUGGGAGCGCGCCCGGCCAGCAAGCGGUGACGGAAAAGUUCCACCUGGGUUGGGACUUGGUUCUGUCGGGAUCGGAGAACGUCAUCGUGGCACAGCUGGACGGCAGAGGCUCUGGGUUCGGAGGUCAAAGGGUCCUGCAGCAGAUCCACCACCGGCUCGGGACGGUGGACACAGAAGACCAGAUCGCAGCUCUGGAGUAUCUGACUAAUCUGCCGUUCAUCGAUCGCAAUCGUGUCGGAGUCUUCGGAGAGGGAUACGGAGGUUUCCUGACUCUGAUGAUGCUGAAGUCGACGGAGCGGAUGAUCACGUGCGCGGCCGUCCAGGCUCCCAUCAUCGACUGGAGUCUGUACGCCUCAGCUUUCUCGGAGAGAUAUCUGGGCUCGCCUUUAACUGAGGAGAACCGAUACCAAGCUUCUAAAGUUCUGCCCAAUCAGAGAGCCCUUCCAGGAGGAACUCUGUUUCUGGCUCACGGCACGGCUGACGCAAACGUUCACUUCCAGCACUCGGCGGAGCUCAUCAAACACCUCAUAAAGAUCGGCGCCAACUACACCAUGCAGAUCUUCCCGGACGAAGGCCACUUCCUGUCGACGCGCAGCCGGAUCCAGCUGACUCACUCCCUUAUCGGAUAUUUCCGAGGCUGCUUGCUGGACGCGCCGUCGCUCCUCGACCAGCGGGACGACGACUGAGGAGGGCGGGGGUGGUUGAUGUGUCUGAGACCGGGCGUGUGUUUGUGUUUUCUACCUGUAGCACUCCGUUCAGUGAAAAAACAGGAGUCUUUGUGACAUUUCCAACCGGUUUCCAUCGCUUCAGCUGAGGGAAGCUCCCGCCGCUCCGGAGCACAUUUAAUGUCCAGAGUCGGGAGGGAGGCUUCAGCUGCCAUCAGCCCCCGACCGAGACGCUUGGCUCCAACAUGAGAUGCUUUGUUUUUGUGGGGCGUGGGGCGUCUGAUCUUCAAGGAAGCAAAAACAUCAAGCAUUUCCCAUUCCGAUCAGAGGAGGAAAACAUGUUUUUGAACUCGACAUUUCUCCCUCUGAAACUCCCUCCUGUGAAAAAGUCUUUAAAUCUUUCUUCAUUUCAAUCGUUUGGGUUAGAGAGAAAGAUUAGGACAAAACACAUGAAAACUUAAAGUAUUCAGCCAAGUUUCUUUGUAUUAUUUUAUAUCUUAGCUAAUUAGCUGCCAAAAACAUUUUUAUUUUUAUUUUUUAUUUUUUUUAUUUUAUUUAAUAAUAGAAAAAAAUAUCUGAUCCAUAGUUUGUAUUAGACUCAAAAUAUUUAGUUUUAUUGUAACUUUUUUUGUAAAAUGGCAUAGUAGUAAUUACUUUUUCACAGUAUUAUCUUUGCAUUUUGACGUUUUUGUACAUAAAAGUUUAGGAUAAAAGAAAACACUUUUUUUCAUCAGUUUUCCUUAAAGUACAUUUAGCUCAACUGCUUUUUUUUGCUAAUUCCAGAUAUGGCUCUCUCAUUUAAAUCAUAACAAUAAUAAUGUUAAAAUUCAGAGCUAAAAAAUGGUCCAAAUCCCAUUUGUUUUUUUUAUUUUUUUUUAUAUCAAACAUGCUUCUUAAAGCUAUGCAUCAUUUACAUUUUUUAAUUUUUUUAAAUAAUUUUUGGUGUUUUCAACAUCGUUGCUUAUAGGAAAAUUAAACUUAAUUAAUUUAACUUUUUGUUCAUUUGGUUUAUAUUAUUCAAUAUUAAAUGUAUAAUCAAACUUUAGUUAUACAUGUUACAUGCAUUAAAAAGACUCAAAUAUUUUUAUUCAUAUCUAAAAACUAAUUAUUUUUUUAUUAUUUUUAUUUUAUUCAUAAUUUUAAAAAUCUGAUUAAAAAUAUCCAAUUUUACAGUUGGCGUAAAAGGUAAUCUUUUUUAUUAAUAAAAUAAAAAAAUGCAACUCGUUAGCAUAAAUAUGCCUUUUAUUCACGUCUUACUUUUUUUUAUUAUU